AUGACUCAUGUAAUAUUGACAAUAUUCUGUAUAUUCUUAUAUCUUUACGACGUAGAAUCUAUAAACCCUCCAUCAGCUGUAUUAGACUUGAGCGAUAAGUUUCUGGAUGUCAAAGAUGAAGGAAUGUGGUUUGUUGAGUUUUAUGCUCCUUGGUGUGCACACUGCAAACGAUUGCAUCCGGUUUGGGAUCAAGUUGGCCAUUCCUUAUCUGACAGCAAUCUACCUAUUCGAGUGGGCAAGUUGGACUGUACUCGAUUCCCUGCAGUGGCAAAUAAGCUCAGUAUCCAAGGAUAUCCUACAAUCAUAUUCUUCCGGAAUGGACAUGCUAUUGACUACAGAGGAGGAAGAGAGAAGGAAUCCCUUGUCAGUUUUGCAAAAAGAUGUGCAGCUCCAAUAAUCGAGAACAUCAAAGAAGACCAAUUAGAAAAGGUAAAACUAUCCGCUCGUUCACAGCCGUCUUAUAUUUUCUUCGGAGAAUCAUCGGGUCCCCUUUUCGAUGCCUUCAAUACAGCUGCUAAUGCCAAGUUUUCUGUCGCCCGCUUCUAUUCUGUGUCCUCUCUGAAAGAAGCAGCAACGUUCCGUCAAAGAGUUGUAGUUUCAAAAGAUAACGAAGAAAUUGAGUUUAACGGAGAAAUCGAAACACUCACUGAUUGGGUGACAAGAGAACGAUGGCCCGGCUUUGUUCAGGCAACUGCCUCAAAUCUUGCUGAAAUCGGAGCAAGUGGAAAGUUAGUUGUUUUAAUUGUAUCCAGCGAAAGUCAAAAACUCAAUAAUACGAGCCCAAUCCGUGAAUUUCACAAAACUGCUGAAGAAGCCACGAAAGAGUUGAGGAAACACCCGGCUCUUUGGAACAGAUUCCAGUUCGCGUGGUUGGAUGGGUCAGAUCUUGCUUCUCAAAUCCAAAUGGCGGCAGUGUCCGAACCUCACUUAUUCAUUUUCAAUUACACAAGUUAUGAAUACUACCUGAGCGAAGACGAACCGAGCAAGAUGACAAUUAAGUCAAUUUUAACUUUUCUGGAACAGAGUGCUGAAGGAAUCGAUAAAUCGACCAUCAUAGCGUUUGGAGGUCGUCACUUACUGACUCGUAUCAAACGAAUGAUUUUUGAAUUGUAUUGGAAUGUUGCUCAAAUGUUUGCCACUCAACCACUUCUUUCUUCGUGUCUCUUCGGUGUUCCUAUCGCUUUCCUCAGCAUAAUUUGUUACAGUAUUUGUUCUGCCGAUUUCACAGUAGACCGCGACGAAUUCUACGGCGAAGAAGAUGAGCUUGUUGACGAUGAAGAAGGGGUUGAAAAUGAGCAUCCAGAAACGGAUGACGAUCACGAGAAAGCCGAGUGA